AUGAAGUUCUCCAAAUCCCUCCUUGCCGUUGUUGCAUUGGCCAGCGCCCCAGGUGUUUCUGCAUUUGCCCCUGCCUCCAAUGGUCAAGCAAAGACUACCUCCCUCAACAUGAUAAAUGAGGAAUCCAUGAAGAAGGCCGCCACCACCUUUGCUGCCGCAGCCUUCCUCAUGUCCAAUGUUGCUGCUGCCGCGCCUGCCUUCGCUGUCGAUGACAUGGACUUUGGAAGCACCCAAGUGAUUGCUGCCCGAUCUGGAGGUCGCGCUGGAGGUCGAUCCUCUGCUCGUGCUCCCUCUCGUGCUCCUUCGCGUUCGGCACCUUCUCGAUCCACCACUGUGAUCAACCGAAGCACCUACAUUGCCCCCCCCGUCUACAGCAGCCCUGUGUACGUCGCUCCUUACAACCCAAUGCCCGGACUCGGUCUUUCCUUUGGUUUGAAUGCCAUGAACCAAAUUGGUAACGACAUGCGCGACUACCGUCAAGAGGGUGAGAUUCGUGACACUCGUAGUGAGUUGAUGCGCAGCCAAGCACGUGAAGCUGAGAUGGAGGCACGAUUGAGACAACUUGAGGCCCAACAGCAGGGACAACUCAGCGCACAACAGCAACAACAACUCAUGAUGCAAAUGCAACAACAACAGAUGUUACAACAACAAGCAAAGUAG